UCCAGACUUUGCCCUGCAGAAACAACACUGUUCUCAAUCUCACUAACUCUCUCUAGAGUCUGGAUGUGAAUCUCUAAAGCUGCAAUCUUCUCCGUCAGAGAGCUAACUAAUCUACACUUGUUACAAAUAAAGCUAUCACUAACAACGGAGGAAGAAUGACUGAACAUCCUGCACUCAGCACUGAACAAGCUGAAGGGUCGCAACAAAGAUGGCGGCACCCAGGUGACAGUUUGACAACAACAAGAUUGACAACUUUACAGACCUGCUGGCAUCACGGACUGAUACUACUGCUGUUGAGCGGAGAUGUUCACAUAAAUCCUGGUCCAGUUCAACAGUUUAACCAGGAUCCCUGUGGAGUUUGCCAAAAUCAGGUGAAAUCCGGUGAGAAAGGGAUACAGUGUGACUCUUGUGAUGUAUGGCACCAUGUCAGGUGUCUGCCAGCAGAAAUCUCGUUGACUGAUUACCAGUACGAUGUCCUGUCAUCAAGUGAUGCCGAGUGGCUCUGUCAUACGUGUAAACCGUCGGCCGUCGGGGCUGAUUUAAAAUGCGAGGCUGAGCCGGCGCAGACCGAGAUUGAGAAUGAUGACUGGACGUGUUUGAAGAAGAAAGGUCUUUACAUACUACAUCUGAAUGUGAGGAGCCUUCUUCCGAAGAUUGAUGAGGUGAGAAACCUCGCUCAUCAAUGGAACCCAUCAGUGUUGUGUUUCUCCGAAACCUGGCUGGACUGUACCAUCUUGGAUCCAGAAGUUGACAUCCCUGGCUAUUCCUGUGUUCGAAAGGACAGAGAUCGGAAUGGUGGCGGUGUCGUAGUUUAUAUACGCAACAACAUCGCGUUCAACGUACGACCUGACAUGAUGGACAAUGACCUGGAAGCUGUUUGGGUGAAUAUCCUCCUCCCAAAAACUAAGGCUAUUCUUCUCGGUGCCUGUUAUAGACCACCCGAUGUGAAUAAUUUCUAUAACAUCUUGGAGGAAGUGUGCUUGAACGCUGAAGGUUUUGUUGACAGUGAAGUGAUAAUAACUGGUGAUUUCAAUACAAAUGUGUCAACAUCUAAGGCUAAUUCACUUGUUAACUCUCUAAAAUAUUUCUGUUCAAUGUUUGAUCUUCAUCAAAUGAUUACAGAACCAACAAGAGUGUGUGAAUCUAGUCAGACUACCAUAGAUUUGAUGCUUGUAUCUGAUCAGGAUAAAAUCUGUCAAAGUUGUGUGAUAACUUGUGGUAUGAGUGAUCAUAUGGCUAUUUAUUGUACCAGGAAGGUUCUAAGAUCAAAAGCAACAGGUCAUAAUACGAUAAAGGUUCGGUCAAUGAAACAUUACACUGCUGAGGUAUUCUGUGAAAGACUGUCUAUGAUUGAUUGGUCGAGUGUGUUAAACUGUAUGAAUGUUGAUCAAGCUUGGCGUAACUUUACAACCAUGUUUAUCUAUGUGUUGGAUAGUAUCGCUCCUGUUAAGUCUAUCUCUGUGAAACACCGUACUGAGCCUUGGGUCAGUACUGAGAUCUUGGAGGCGAUCAACAGAAGAGAUCAAGCUUUGAAGGAGUCCAAGAAAUCAAAUGAUCAGUCUGAAUUCAAACGUCUUCGGAAUAAGGUUAAUCGAAUGAUAGACAAGGCAAAGGUGGAUUAUUAUAAAAAUAAUCUUCAAUUAAACCAUAAUAAUCCCAAAAAACUCUGGCAGCUGUGUAAACAGCUUGGUUCUUCCAAAAAACAAAAAUCCAACUUUUUAAUAGGUCUCAAAAUUGAUGGGAUUGUAUCUUUUAAUCUUACAGCAGUGGUGUUAAAAUUUAAUUCCUUUUUACCACCAUUGCUACAAUUCUUGUAG